AAGCAACAAGUUGCUCAAACUGAGCAAGCUCUCAGGCCAGGGAUCGAUUGGCCGGGACAAUCAGCUGACAACUACUCCGUUACUGCAGUCUGUGGUGCUUUUGCACCUCAAGCUCAGGUUUACAUGUUUGUGGAUGAGACAGAGAGCUGGUGGAACAGAAGGCAAGGUGUGAUUUUGACUGCUCAUAGCCCUGGUUUGCCACACCUGCUGCUUUGCAGAAACUUAAUUUAGGCAGUCUUCAGAUGUUGCCACUUUUGUACCCCCAGCACUCUGCCUCCUCUGAAAACCCAGCAGAUGGCCAUCUGAAUUGAAGCAAGCAUGCUCUGAUGCCUGUUGCUACCAUGUUUUGUUGUUCAAGUAAAUCACCAUGGCCAAUGGCAGGACCAAGACAGACACUAAGUUUUGACUCAGACCAGCAAGCCCAUGGGCUGUCUAGCCCUGGAAGCAACUACACACCCAGUUAAAGGCUGUCCAAGAAUAGGAACUGUGGAGAGUAAAGGCACAUCAGGAUUUCUACCCACAACUCUGAUCAGCAAUUAUAUAUCUAAGAGAAUGUGUGGAAACUUGCUCUGCAUGGCAAACUAUCGAGAACAUAAGAAGAAAACUAGGGGGAGCCAAUGGUUGAUCCCACAUCGCAAGACCUGUCCAGGGCCUAAGCCUGCUACAUUGCAACAAGCUGCUGCAAGAGAAGCAACACAGAGACAAGCCUCAAAGCAGAGAUGAGGGUGAAAGCUACAGAGCAGCACCCUGAGGGUACAGCAGCAAAUCUCUGAAAUCGGCAGGCUGAGGCUUUGAAUUGGAUUCUGCUGACAAACUUGAUCCUUCAGUAACUCCAUUUUCACUGAAUAGCAUUACUGGACAAACAAUCCAUUCUUAUGAUGGUUGCGGAUGCAUUUGAUUAUAAUACUAUUCAUGACCAAGAGAUGGAAAUUGAAGAUUAAAGAUUCACAGACAGGAUGUAACCUUUAAAAAUGGAAGCUUGUAUAGAAAGGAACAGAUAGCAGUUGGAGCUAAAGGAGUGGAUGAACAUUUCUCUUUGGAUGUAUUGGCUUUUCAGAACGAUAUGUUGAUUCAGAAGGUCCUGAGGGAGAAUCGUGAUUUUUUUUUUCUCUACUCAGUCAAUGGAUAUUUAAAUCAUUCCUUGGAAUCUGUGAAGUUCAACAAAGGUGUGUGAUGGAAACAGCAGCAUGUCUCUGUAGCCCUUACAUUGUGGAUUAGUUUGUUGUUGUGAGGAACAAAUUCCAUUUUGUGGGACAAGGAACAGAUGUGAUGGAUUUAUCUUCAGAAAUGAGCAGGCAUGGAAGGAAUCCACUCAGUCACAAGCUAGAAGAUCAAAAAAAGAUUUAUACUGACUGGGCUAAUCACUAUCUAGCAAAAUCUGGCCACAAGCGGCUGAUCAAGGACUUGCAACAAGACAUUGCAGAUGGAGUUCUGCUAGCAGAAAUCAUCCAGAUCAUCGCAAAUGAAAAGGUUGAAGAUAUCAAUGGCUGUCCCCGAAGCCAGUCUCAAAUGAUUGAGAAUGUUGAUGUCUGCCUUAGCUUUCUGGCAGCCAGAGGAGUAAAUGUCCAAGGUCUUUCUGCUGAAGAAAUAAGGAAUGGAAAUUUGAAAGCCAUUUUAGGCCUGUUUUUCAGUUUGUCUCGUUAUAAACAGCAGCAACACCAACAGCAACAGUAUUACCAGUCUUUGGUAGAGCUACAGCAGCACGUCUCUCAUUCUUCACCUCCUGUUGACAUUGGCCAGCCCAAAACACAGCAAGAUAUGCAGUCCAGUCUGACAGCCAGAUAUGCAACUCAGUCUAAUCACAGUGGAAUUGCAACCAGUCAAAAAAAGCCUUCUAGGCUUCCCGGACCCUCAAGGGUUCCAGCUGCAGGCAGCAGUACCAAAGUCCAGGGAGCCUCAAAUUUAAAUAGAAGAAGUCAGAGCUUUAAUAGCAUUGACAAAAGCAAGCCUCCACAAUAUGCAAAUGGAAAUGAAAAAGAAUCACCCAAAGGCCCUCACCCAUCUGCAGGCAUGAAUGGAAAUGUACAGCAUCCCACCAGCACUGGGCAGCAGCCGGUCUCUGCCAUCCCCUCUCCAAGUGCCAGCAAGCCUUGGCGCAGCAAAUCCAUGAAUGUCAAACACAGUGCCACCUCUACCAUGUUGUCUGUCAAGCAGCCUAGUCCCGCAACCUCUCCUACGCCGCCUUCGGAUAGGCUUAAGCCACCCCUUUCUGAAGGGCCCAAAACUCCUUCCUCUGGGCAGAAAUCCAUGUUGGAGAAAUUCAAGCUGGUUAAUGCUAGGACUGUUUUACGGCCCCCCAUCUCAUCAAGUUCAGGUCCCAGUGACAGUGGCAGAGACGACGAAGCCUUUUUAGAGUGUGGCGAAAUGGACGGCUUCAGCGGUGGGCUCAACAGUGGCGGUUCCACCAGCAGCAGUCCUAAAAUAUCACCUAAACUAACCCCUCCAAAAGCUGGAAGCAAAAAUCUCAGCAAUAAAAAGUCUUUGCUACAGCCAAAGGACAAAGAGGAAAAGAGCAGGGACAAAAAUAAAGUUUGCACUGAGAAGGCAGUAAAAGAAGAAAAGGACCAGGUCACAGAGACACCUACAAAAAAGACCUCAAAAAUAGCAAGCCUGAUCCCCAAAGGGAGCAAGGCUACAUCAGCUAAGAAGGAAAGUUUAAUACCUUCCUCUAGUGGGAUACCAAAACCUGGGUCAAAAGUCCCAACAUCAAAGCAAAGUACUUCACCGGCAUGUACAGUAAAUAAAGAAUCUGAAAAACUGAGGAGUGCCAAGGGAAACCAACCUCAGUCAACAGCAAAAUCUCAAGUUAAUGAAAAAGCAUACAGCUCUUGUGGUCUAUCAUCUUCUGAAGGAAAGGAAUCCAGCACAACUCUUACUUCUAGUUCAGCUGCUCUUUCUGUGGCUGCAACUAGUGGCCAAGCAUUAGGAAACACCAUUGUCCAACUUCCUCAGCAACAGCAAUACAGCCACCCAAAUACAGCCACAGUAGCACCCUUUAUUUAUAGAACUCAUUCAGAAAAUGACAGUACCUCUCUUCUACCUGCUGAUUCCUGCACCAGUCCUACAAAAAUGGAUUUGGCAUACAGUAAGACUGCCAAACAGUGCCUAGAAGAAAUAUCUGGGGAAGAUCCUGAAGCAAGAAGAAUGAGAACUGUAAAGAAUAUAGCUGAUCUAAGGCAGAACUUGGAAGAAACUAUGUCUAGCCUUAGAGGAACUCAGAUAAGCCACAGCACAUUGGAGACAACAUUUGACAGCACUGUGACAACUGAAGUAAAUGGGCGAAGCAUUCCAGCUUUGACAAGCCGUUCCUCUCCAGUGACCUGGAGACUUGGACAAGCUAGUCCUCGUCUCCAGGCAGGUGAUGCUCCUUCCCUGGGCGCAGGGUAUCCUCGCAGUGGUGCUAGUCGCUUCAUCCAUACUGACCCUUCUCGGUUCAUGUACACUACACCUCUUCGCCGUGCAGCUGUUUCUCGCCUCGGGAACAUACCCCAGAUUGACAUGAGUGAAAAAGGAAAUAGUGAUCUGGACAUCUCAUCUGAUGUAGAUGUUGGCGGUUACAUGAGCGAUGGGGACAUUCUUGGGAAGAGCCUCCGAGCUGAUGACAUCAACAGUGGUUACAUGACAGAUGGAGGGCUCAACCUGUAUACGAGAAGCUUGAACCGAAUACCAGACAUAGCUGCCUCCCGAGAUGUCAUUCAGAGAGGGGUUCAUGAUGUGACUGUGGAUGCAGACAGCUGGGAUGACAGCAGUUCAGUUAGCAGUGGCCUCAGUGAUACUUUGGAUAACAUCAGCACAGAUGACCUGAACACCACCUCGUCCGUCAGUUCUUAUUCCAAUAUUACGGCCUCUUCCAGGAAGAAUGCACAUACCCAUCUGAAGACUGAUUCAGAGAAACGUUCCGUAACAGAUGGAGAACCAUGGGGCAGCAAUGAGGAACUGAAGAAGCCAGAGGACGAUUUUGACAGCAAUGUUGACAAUAGUGGCAAAUGGAAGGGCCAUCCCUCUGGACUACUUGAAGAUGCUGAGAAGGGAGGGCAGAAAGCCCCUCUGACUGUCUCUCAGACUGGCUCUUGGAGAAGAGGCAUGACCGCACAAGUUGGGACAACUCCUUCUAGGCACAAAGCAGGAACAAGUGCUCUCAAGACACCUGGAAAAACAGAUGAUGCAAAGGCUUCCGAAAAAGUAAAAACUCCCCUCAAAGGAGCCUCCAUACAGCGUUCUCCAUCAGACGCAGGGAAAAGCAGUGGUGAUGAAGGAAAGAAACCUCCCUCGGGCAUUGGCAGAUCAACUGCAACAGGUUCCUUUGGUUUCAAGAAAGCUGGAGUAGGCUCUUCAACCAUCAUCACUGCAAGUGGUGCAACCAUAACAAGUGGGUCUGCAACCUUGGGGAAGAUGCCCAAAUCUGCAGCUAUUGGUGGGAAAUCAAACGCAGGGAGGAAAACCAGCCUAGACGGUUCACAGAAUCAGGACGAUGGUGUAUUGCACGUGAGCUCAAAGACCACUCUGCAGUACCGAAGUUUGCCACGCCCAUCAAAAUCAAGCAGCACUGGGAUUCCUGGUAGAGGUGGACACAGGUCAAGCACCAGUAGCAUUGAUUCCAAUGUCAGCAGCAAGUCUGCUGGGGCAGCUGCCACCAACAAACUGAGAGAACCUUCCAAGAUCAGCUCAGGACGUUCCAGUCCUGUCACCAUCAACCAGACGGACAAGGAGAAAGAAAAAGUAGCGGUGUCAGAUUCUGAGAGUGUGUCAUUGUCCAGCUCUCCAAAAUCAAGCCCAACCUCAGCCAGUGCCUGUGGAACACCAGGCCUCAGGCAGCCGGGUUCAAAAUACCCAGAUAUUGCCUCACCCACAUUUAGAAGGCUUUUUGGUGCCAAAGCAAGUGGCAAAGCUGCCCCUGCAUCAAACACAGAAGGUGUGAAAUCCACAUCUGCAAUGCCCAGCCCUAGUACCACAUUAGCACGGCAAGGCAGCCUGGAAUCUCCCUCUUCAGGUACAGGUAGCAUGGGCAGUGCAGGUGGGCAGAGUGGCAGCAGUAGUCCCCUCUUCAGCAAGCCCUCGGACUUAAAUACAGAUGUUGUAAGUUUAAGUCACUCUUUGGCUUCCAGUCCAGCAUCAGCCCACUCUUUCACAUCGGGUGGUCUUGUGUGGGCUGCAAACCUGAGUAGUUCCUCUGCUGGCAGCAAGGACACACCCAGUUACCAGUCGAUGACGAGCCUCCACACGAGCUCCGAGUCUAUUGAUCUUCCCCUCAGCCAUCACGGCUCUCUGUCUGGAUUGACUACAAGCACUCAGGAGGUCCAGAGCCUGCUCAUGAGGACUGGAAGUGUGAGGUCUACUCUCUCAGAAAGCAUGCAGCUUGACAGAAAUACACUACCCAAAAAGGGAUUAAGGUAUACCCCAUCCUCUCGACAGGCCAGUCAGGAGGAAGGGAAGGAGUGGCUGCGGUCCCAUUCCACUGGAGGGCUACAAGACACUGGAAAUCAGUCUCCUCUGGUAUCUCCUACAGCUAUGUCUUCAUCUGCAACUGGGAAAUAUUUUUCCAAUUUAGUAAGUCCGACCAGCUUAACCCAAUUUAAACUUCCUGGGCCCAGUAUGAUGCGAUCAAACAGCAUCCCUGCACAAGACUCUUCUUUUGAUCUCUACGAUGAUUCCCAACUGUGUGGCAGUGCCACAUCCUUAGAAGAGAGACCACGUGCAAUCAGUCAUUCUGGUUCAUUCAGAGAUAGCAUGGAAGAAGUACAUGGGUCCUCAUUAUCGCUAGUUUCCAGCACUUCUUCUCUCUACUCCACAGCUGAAGAAAAAGCACAUUCAGAGCAAAUUCAUAAGCUACGAAGGGAGCUGGUUGCAUCACAGGAAAAAGUGGCCACCCUUACAUCACAGCUGUCAGCAAAUGCCCAUCUCGUAGCAGCUUUUGAAAAGAGCUUAGGAAAUAUGACAGGCCGGUUGCAAAGCCUAACAAUGACAGCUGAACAAAAGGAAUCAGAGCUCAUAGAACUACGAGAAACCAUUGAAAUGCUGAAAGCCCAGAACUCAGCUGCACAGGCUGCUAUCCAAGGAGCUUUGAAUGGUCCUGACCACACUCAUAAAGAUUUACGAAUACGGCGGCAACAUUCCUCAGAAAGUGUUUCCAGCAUCAAUAGUGGCACCAGCCAUUCAAGUAUGGGCAGUGGUAAUGAUGCUGAUUCCAAGAAAAAGAAAAAGAAAAAUUGGGUGAACUCUAGAGGAAGUGAGCUAAGAAGCUCAUUCAAACAGGCCUUUGGGAAGAAGAAGUCCACUAAGCCUCCUUCCUCACAUUCUGACAUCGAAGAAGUCACAGAUUCAUCCCUUCCAUCCUCACCCAAGUUGCCCCACAACUCUGGUGAUUGUGGGUCCACAAUAAAGCCAUCCCAAUCAACAUCAGCGAUCUGCGAAUGCACAGAGGCAGAGGCUGAAAUAAUUCUGCAGCUGAAAAAUGAGCUCCGGGAGAAAGAGCUCAAGUUAACAGAUAUUCGUCUUGAGGCCCUCAGCUCAGCUCACCAUCUCGACCAGAUUCGAGAAGCCAUGAACCGCAUGCAGAAUGAAAUUGAAAUAUUGAAAGCUGAGAAUGAUCGCUUGAAAGCAGAGACUGGGAAUACUAGCAAGCCAGGCAGACCAUGUUCAGAGUCUUCUAGCAGUGCAUCUUCCUCCUCUUCCCGGCAGUCUUUAGGCCUCUCUUUGAAUAACUUGAACAUCACUGAUUCAGUUACAUCAGAUAUUUUACUGGAAGAUGUUACAGAUGGUACUCUCCAUAAAGAAGGCCAGAAUGUUAAAAUUAUAGUCACAAUAAACAAGGGCUAUGGUCGAUCCAAGGACCAAAAAAUGCAGGCAUAUUUGAUAGGAUCCAUCGGGGUCAGUGGUAAAACAAAAUGGGAUGUGUUAGAUGGUGUGAUCAGACGCCUCUUCAAGGAAUAUGUGUUCCGGUUGGAUCCAGCAACUAACCUUGGUUUAGGCUCCGACUGUAUAGCUAGCUACUGUAUAGGUGAUGUCAUUAGAUCUCAUUGCCAAGAAGUGCCUGAAUUGCUGCCUUGUGGAUAUCUGGUUGGAGAUAAUAACAUCAUCACUGUGAACCUUAAAGGAGUAGAAGAAAACAGUUUGGACAGCUUUGUGUUUGAUACAUUAAUUCCUAAGCCAAUUAGUCAACGGUACUUUAAUUUACUGAUGGAGCAUCACAGAAUUAUCCUGUCAGGACCUAGUGGCACUGGGAAGACCUAUUUAGCAAACAAACUUGCUGAAUAUGUGAUAACAAAAUCUGGCAGGAAAAAAACAGAAGAUGCCAUUGCUACCUUUAAUGUCGAUCACAAAUCAAGCAAGGAUGUGCAACAGUACCUUGCUAAUUUGGCUGAACAAUGCAGUGCUGAUAACAGUAGUGCUGACCUUCCUAUAGUCAUAGUUCUUGACAACCUCCAUCAUGUUGGUUCCUUGAGUGACAUCUUCAAUGGUUUCCUUAACUGUAAAUAUAACAAAUGCCCCUAUAUUAUUGGAACUAUGAACCAGGGAGUUUCAUCUUCACCUAACCUAGAACUGCAUCAAAACUUCAGGUGGGUGCUGUGUGCUAACCACACAGAGCCUGUAAAAGGGUUUUUAUCCAGGUAUUUGAGGAGGAAACUGAUUGAGACAGAAAUAGAGAGAAAUGUCCGCAAUAAUGACCUCAUCAAAAUUAUUGACUGGAUUCCUAAGACAUGGCAUCAUCUCAACAGCUUCUUAGAAACACACAGUUCUUCUGAUGUAACCAUUGGUCCUCGCCUUUUUCUGCCCUGCCCUAUGGAUGUUGAUGCUUCUAGAGUGUGGUUCACAGACCUCUGGAAUUAUUCCUUAGUACCAUAUAUUAUGGAAGCUGUGAGAGAAGGACUUCAGAUGUAUGGUAAACGAGCACCUUGGGAGGAUCCCUCAAAGUGGAUAGCAGAUACCUGCCCAUGGAGCUCCCUACAACAUGACUGGUCUUCAUUACUUCAGUUGAGACCUGAAGAUGUUGGUUAUGAAGGUUAUGCAUCUGCCAAAGAAGGGACGACCUCGAAGCACAUUCCACAGACAGAGUCAGAAGGAGAUCCCUUGAUGAAUAUGCUAAUGAGGCUCAAAGAAGCAGCCAGUUACUCAAGUGCACAGAGCUGUGACAGUGAUACUGCCAGUCACCAUGAUGAUAUUCUGGACCCCUCACUUGAAUCAACUCUCUAGAAGGGGAUGGGUCUGGUUAGCAGAUGCCGGUAAAACCUAUUUCCACUUAAACAGCUGCCAAUAUUGAAGCAGCAUGUCAGGGUGGCCCAAGAGAGAGAGAACAAGAGAGCGAGAGAGAGCGAGAGUGAGAGAGAGUGCUGUGUCAUAUAUAGAUGGGCGACUUAACUCUGGAAAGUCAGGAAAGCAAAUCAAAAUGGAAAGCUUGAAUUAGUUUAAUUUCAAGACAUUUCAGUAUCAAUGGAGCUGAGUGAGACUCCAUCAAUCAACUGGAAAGGGAACUAAGCCGAUUGCACAUGUUAGCCAAACUGGAAACUCUUUGAUUUUUGUUUCUUCCUGUCUCAAAGUUUACAGUGCAAACCUUUUUAUUUUACAUUUCAGUUUACUCUGAGGUGCUGCAUUAGUGGUCUUCUUGGUCCUCUAACCUCCGUUGUGCCCCAUGGCACUGAUUACAGGACUCCAGUAGUGUUUGAAUUGUACACUGCUGCCCCUUCCAAAAUGAGUCAGAGAAAAAAUGAAAAUAAACUUAAUAAGCACAAAUGGUAUUGUGCAAUUGCCAGGAAAACGCUACUGUGAUAUGCUGGAUAAGUGCCAAUUUGACACUGAACUGCCAUGUGUGCAGUGAUGUGGUCCACCAAGGUUUCUGGGGUGGUUUUUUUGGUGGUUGGGGUUUUUUGGUUCUUUUUGUACAAAUCAUCCGUUUUAUAUACAAGUUGUUUUUAAACCACAAGGGUAUUUUUUUUAACACCUGCCCACCUCUUAACAAGGAUUUUUUACCAAUUCUUAUCUGACACUGACUCAAGGCUUUCUUAGGGCUUCGUUUCUUUUCAGCCUUUUCAGUGGAAAAAAAGAGUACAUUUCCUAUGGUGCUGUCUCACUGCCUUAAAACCAAUUUCUAGAACAGUUUUACAGUUGGUUUAAUUUGUUAAACCAUUGAUUAUUUACACUGUUUUCUUUCUUCAUUUACUAAUGAGAGAGCAUCAGUGAACACAGUAGCCUCAUGUCUGUAUAUCAUUUUUUAAUGAAGUGGCUAGAAGAACGAACUAUUGAUAUAGAGAUAUAGAUAGAUAUAUAUAGUAUUUUUAUCUUGUGUGAAUAGAUGACUUACCAUCUAAAAUACAAGUGACCCAGAAGCCACUCGCAAUUAAUUAUGAUGGGGGAGGGGGGAUCCCAAGACAGUUGGCUCAGAUCUAUUUGGUCUUAUGAAAGAGAGCUUAUGGAAAGAGAUAUGUUUGGAAAUCUUAUCCAGCAGAGCUGGGUGCACUUGAUGCAGCAUGAGCACAAAUAUUUCGUUAUUUCCUUCCCUUCUCUUUUUUUCCUAGUUUGAAGCAUGUUGUUUUGAUUGCAAUUGUUGUACAUGAAGAAAUUCAGCAUUAAAGAACACUGACACAGUGAUGUCCACUGUGAAGGAGAGAAAAGUUUAUACUGUAAAAGGGGAGGGGGGUUGGUUUUGCACAGUCUACUGGGAGGGUAUUGUAAAUAUUAACAAAAACAAACAAACAAAAAAGCCUUGCACAAAUGAAAGCAAACAAACAGCAACAACAACAACAAAAUAAGAAAUUGUAUUUUAUCCUGUUGGUGUUAAAGAGAUGUUUCAUUUACUGAGAUAACCUGUACGUUGCAAACAAAUCCAGAACACAAACUGUACAAUCUGUUUUUUUAACCUGGUGUGUUUGUCCUGUAUUUAGAAUUGUUAUGACUAUGCAGGAGCUAUCAGUGCUAGAGUGGCAUGUUACCAUUUACAUUAUGAAGCCAAUACAUCUUAGGAGGCCGGGGGGGGGGGGGGAGUUAAGUGUGUCUGCCUUGGCAGACUGAAUGAAAAUUGAUCAGAGUAAUUGGAUUUGCUGGUUCAAACAAACACAAGUAAUCCAAGGGCUAUAGCAUUGUGUGGAUGUGCACUGUACACCCAGAGUCACAAUCCUGAAACUCCUCAUUUGGAGCAUGUCCAGUUCAAUGCAAGAGGGUGUGUGCCAAUGAAAUUCUUUGAGAACCCAACUAGCCAGUAGAUAGCUUCAGGACAUGUAAUUGGUGCUACUUACUCUUGUGGCCAUCUACUUUAUAAUACAAAGAAAUCAGUGCAGUUUUCCUGGUUUUAUCAUUGAAUUUACAGGUUCCCUGCACGGUGCUAUUGCCCUAAUUAAAAAUAAAUAAAUAAAACUUUGAUUUUAUGCAUACUGAAUGUAGUCAGACUAAUGUCAGGCACCAAAUGAUAGAUUAGUUUCUAAUAUUGUUAAAAGACAUGCCACUCUGGAGAAUUACUAAAAUAACAGCUGCUCUUUAUUAUGUAUGUGGUCUGAAAUAACAUGCAAACCCAUGAAUUCCUGCCAUUUUUGACAUACACACAUACAUGCAUACAAAACCUGUAUGUAUGUACGUACGACAUAAUACAACUUCCCCUGCAAUACAUCUCAGUGAGUCCACCUAGUUUACAACUUUAAAAUUUGUUUGUGAAACAUUUGUCUGUAUACAUUUUAUAUUUUGUACAUUUUUGAUGUAACAUAUCAUGUAAAUAGACAGAAACAGUGAGAUAAAUCAUCUGAAAAGUUUUGUAGUCUUUGUAAAGCCCUAAGAAUAAGUAUUUGGUGUCAUCAGACUUAAACUGGAUGAUGUAUUUUCUAUUGAUUUAUUGUUCUUCUAGCUUGUAAACCAGCUUGCAUAUAUUUUUUGCAGGUGUGCACACUGUAUCUGUCUAAAUUAUUACUUUGCCAUUAAAGUGGAAUUAUUUAUUGACAA